GUGUGUGCGUGAAACGUUGUACACCAAGGCGGCCGGCGGGCACUGUGUGUACUCUAAGAGGCGUAGAGGGAUUUUCUUAUUUCUGCUCUGGUAAAUCUGUCGCUCCAGUCAGUGAGGCAGCGAAGGGCAAGCCGCGCGCCGUUGACCGUGUCUGUGCUUCUUUUUUCUGUCUGCUCAGCUGCCAAUGCUAAGAUUCGUAGUGUUACUUACAUACAUACGCAAAAUACGAUACGGUGCGGUACAACAGUUCUUUCGCGAACAGUUCUCCCUUUUUUACGCUCGUUCUCUUUCUUCUCGCCGCGUAUCAUGCGGCAUCACUAUCACGUUUUUCUACCUAACACUGCAAAUCUGAUAAGGCCGGGAAACGAAACUUCAUGAUUUAUCCUCAUUUGACUCAGUGUGCUCUGUAAACUCCGUCAUUACUAUGUAACUGACUUACCGUUAUUACGAUUUCCCCUUGGAUUUGCCGUAGACGUGUGAUCCUAUUCCCGUUCACAAUCGAACACGUGUUUAUUCAAAUUUUUAUCGGAUAAUCGGAUAUCGGCGCUUUUUGCAUAUAAUAUCAUGUUGCAUGUAAAAUGAGACGUUCGCAAUUUAUGAAAUAUUUGCAAAUUGGAAAAUUUGAUUAUCGGAUAUCGAUUUUAUAAUGGUGUGUGUGAUAGUUAUUUAUGUUACAGCAUUAAAAGUAAUCGCAUACGCUGUACAUAUCUUUUGUUUUGUUAAUACAUAUGCAAUUGAUAAAGAAGCAAUUGUAGCUCUCGAUCUUUGUAAUUCUAUUACAAUUCUGAAAUACAAAAACAUUUAUUUAUUAUUAAAAUAUUAUUUAUAUGUGUACUUUAACAUGUACAUUUCUUGCAUUCGAUUGUUUAUUAUUUAUAAUUUAUUCUUGCACGCUAUAUAUAUGUAUGGUUUAAGUCCUGUGUACAAGACAUUAGAAUUGUAAAAACGAAAUGACAGGGUUACCAACGAAACUAGCCCGUUCUUCUUGAAUGCAUUUUGAAAACCACAAACGGAACACUACAUUACGGAGCUUUCGUCUUUUAUGUAGCCGACGGCAGUUGGAUUACACGUUUUUCCAAUGGAUCCAAUUAUACUAGAGAAUAGUAGUACCGAAAUUGGAGCACAAUCACAACAAUCACAUCAACAACAACAACAACAACAACAACAACAACAACAACAGCAACAACAACAGCAACAGCAAUAUGGUGAAGUGAAUCAACUAGGAGGUGUAUUCGUUAAUGGAAGACCACUUCCGAACGCCGUCAGAUUGAGGAUAGUCGAACUCGCACAAUUGGGUAUUAGACCAUGCGAUAUUUCGAGACAAUUACGAGUAAGCCAUGGAUGCGUCAGUAAGAUACUGGCACGCUAUCAUGAAACAGGUAGUAUUCUACCAGGCGCAAUUGGUGGCAGCAAGCCGCGUGUGACUACACCGAAAGUCGUACAGUACAUCAAACAAUUGAAAUUAAAAGACCCAGGGAUUUUUGCUUGGGAGAUCAGAGAUCGACUGUUAUCCGAUGGCGUUUGCGACAAGUAUAACGUUCCUUCAGUAUCCAGUAUAUCAAGAAUAUUAAGAAAUAAAGUUGGCACAACGACGACAAUGCACCAUCAUCAUCCGCAUCAUUCAGCUCAUCAUCAUCAUCAUCAUCACCUUUAUGCGGCUGCCGCAGCGGCUGGUGCAGCCCUUUGUCCAGUGCCAUACCCACCGACGCCUUAUCAUCCGACGGCACCGCCUUCCAUCGCACAUCAUCAUCAUCAGGUUGCACCAUCGUCAGCAAGUAAGUUGUCAUCAUCGCCGCCUCCGGCAGUACAUAACAGCAGUAGCCAUCAAACAACGACCAACAUUUUACAAUGGCCGAGUCCUCACACUGUACACGACAUUCUGGCAAACAGCUGUAACGUACAGAAUUCCUCGUCGUCCUCGUCGCCAACUUCGUCACUAUGCUCUACAAUCAACAACAAUCAUCAUCAUCAUCAUCACAAUCGUCAUGACGACAGUUCUGUUAACAAUAAUAAUAACAACAAUAAUAAUGACAACAACAAUGACAGAAUGUCAAGCGGUUAUCUUCAUCAUCAUCAUUCUCAUCUGGCACAUCAUCAUCAACAGUAUUAUGCUUCAGCGCUAUACCAUCAUCAUCAUCAUCAUCAUUCAGAUGCUGUGACGGCAGCCACUAUAUCAUCUACGCUCUCUGUACAAUCUAUUAUGUUGCAGUCAGGAAGCCAGCCAGCCAGCCCUUGUAAUUGAAGAUAACAAUAUUGUUUUAUGAAUUUGGAAUAGUAGACAACCAAAUAAUUAAUAUCUUUGUUUUCUGUACGUGAAUAAAUUCUUUUAAUAUAUUUUUACGCGUUAUAGUAUUAGAAUGAGGCUUUUGCGUUAAAAUGAUAUUUAAAUAAUAAACGAUAUUCAUCAUUAUUGUUGUCAUUUCAAGGAUAAAUUAUUAAGAAAAUUAUAAUUAAAUUGGCUUCUCUUUACUCAUGCUAUGAUAUU